AAAAACAGAGUGAAAAUUCUUGGAUUAAAACAGAAAAAUGGAAAGCACAACAGAAGCCAAAAUGCAAGUGGCAGAUGCCACUGCCACAAAGAUGGAGAAGGUGGACACUAUCAUUGACAUUCCCGCUGCCGUCGUCACUGCCUGCCACUCUUCAUCCUCGUCCUCGUCGGCGUCCUCCUCCUAUGACACUGACUGCAGCACGGCCAGCAGUACCUGCUGCACGCGACAGGGCGAACAUAUCUACAUGCAGAGAGAGGCACUAACCAUGCCCAUGUCCUGCCCUGCUGCUGCCACAACUUUGGAUGCAUCUGGGGAUGAUAUGGGACUGCUGAAGUACGAGCAUCGCAAGCACUGGCCCUGGUUUAUCCUCGUAAUCUCCAUCAUUGAGAUUGCAAUCUUUGCCUAUGAUCGCUAUACCAUGCCUGCCCAGAACUUUGGUCUGCCCGUGCCAAUUCCCAGCGAUUCGGUGCUUGUGUAUCGACCCGAUCGUCGCCUCCAGGUGUGGCGCUUCUUCAGCUACAUGUUCCUGCACGCGAACUGGUUCCAUUUGGGCUUCAACAUCAUCAUUCAGCUGUUCUUUGGCAUUCCCCUGGAGGUGAUGCACGGCACGGCGCGCAUUGGUGUCAUCUAUUUGGCCGGCGUCUUUGCGGGCUCCCUUGGGACGAGUGUCGUCGAUUCGGAGGUGUUUCUGGUGGGCGCCAGUGGUGGCGUCUACGCGUUGUUGGCCGCCCAUUUGGCCAACAUCACCCUGAACUAUGCGCACAUGAAGUCUGCGUCCACACAACUCGGUUCGGUGGUUAUUUUUGUUUCCUGCGAUUUGGGUUAUGCUCUCUACACUCAAUACUUUGAUGGCGGCGAUGCCACAAGCUCGGCAUCCUCGGCCUUCGCCAAGGGACCACAGGUCUCGUACAUUGCACAUCUGACGGGCGCUCUGGCUGGCCUCACCAUUGGCUUUCUGGUGCUCAAGAAUUUCGGGCAUCGGGAGUACGAGCAGCUCAUCUGGUGGCUGGCCCUCGGUGUCUACUGUGCCUUCACCGUCUUUGCGAUUGUAUUUAAUCUGAUCAACACCGUCACGGCACAACUGAUGGAGGAGCAGGGAGAGGUCAUUACACAGCACCUGCUCCAUGACUUGGGUGUUUCCUAAGCAGCAAAGGGACUAGAGUGUGGCUGGGUUGGAUCAUCCUCAACAUCAGUGGAUCCUUAGCAGAGAGACCUAUAGACACACCCGGUAGAUACGAAGACAGAGCAGAGAGGAGACGGUUCCAGAGAGACUAAAGUUCACUCAACGAUUUUUAGUUCAAAACUAAAUUCGAAAUUCGUUUGAAUUUUCAACCAUUUUUUCUUGGCGAUUUGCAAUCGACUCGUUUUCGAUUUGCAAUUAUCGUUAAUUGUCAUCGAUUUACACUUAUCGUUAAUCGUUAUCGUUUUCUAGUUACCGUUAACGGUCAACCCAUUGGCUUGUUUCAUUUUCCGCGUUUCAUUUUCAUAUAUUAAACAAAAAACAAAAAAAAAACUGCGAAAAUAAAACAGAAAAAUUAAUAACAAAAGAAGAAGAAAGAAAAAAAAGCGAAAGCCGAAAAACGUGUAAACAAAAUGUUGUGAUAGAACCAAAGACUGAAUUUAUUUCGCGUGUAAAAAUACAAAAACUAAAACAAAACGAAGAAAAUGGAAGAAAGA